UCUCCGGCUUACUUUCAUACCCAGAGAGGAACGUUGAAGUAGAACGCUUCAGUGUGACUAAUCUAUACCUUGUAUACCUUUUUUGUCUUUUUCCCUCAGUGAAGCCACACAAAGACGAGAGGAGCAGCUAUGAGUUCAACAGCAGCGAGCGGUUUUGUUGUCUUCCUUCUCUCUGUGCCAGUAAUGCAGGGUCAGAACUGGAAAGUGACCUACAAUCCUCCUGAGACCUGUGUUUUAAAGGGAUCAACAGUGGAAAUAAGCUGCACCUACAGAUACCCAUCCAGGAUAAAUGGCCGUGAUACCGCAGUUGAAAAAACAAUCUGGUUUACUCGAGUAAGUGGUCGUGAGCCUGUGGAUCUGAGAGCAGACUCUGAGUAUUCAGGCCGUGUGCAGUACCACUGCGGUAAGAACAGCUGCACUCUGACGAUCUCAGACCUGAGAGAGAGGGACUCCGCCGAGUACAAGUUCAUGUUCACCACAAACCAACCAGGUGGGAGUUUUGCUGGUGAACCUGGAGUACCUUUGUCAGUCACAGAUCCCGAUCUACGGGUUGGGGUGAAACCAAUAGUCCACCAGGGUUAUACCAAGGCAGAGCUGAGGUGUCACAGCGCUUGUCGUCUCCCUGAUCAUCCUUCCUACAUCUGGUACAAGAAGGGACAAGAAAUUGAAGCAGAAACGGCUUCUUUUACAAUCUCCUUUGAGUGGUCAGACAGCUUUUCCUGUGCUCUUAAAGGACGGGAGGACUUCCCCUCUCCUCCAGUGUGUGUAAAUAGGCAGCACUGCCACAGAGUGCUCUACACUGACAGAAGCAUCUGCGCCUUCAAAGGCUCUUCAGAGGAAAUUUCUUGCACGUAUAACAGUUAUGAAUCUAUCAAAUCUGCAUUCUGGUUCAGUCCUGGCCGUAGUCGUCGGGGCAGAAUCCUUCCCAGCCUGGAGACCUUAGUAAAGACUCCCAGUAUGCAGGUUGUGUUCAGGUAGAAACAGAGAGAGGACGCUCCACUCUGAGAAUCUCUGACCUGAGAGAGAGCGACUCAGCUGAGUAUCACUUCAAGUUCAUAACACCAAGCUUUGAA